AGAAGGCGAUGCAGACGCCGAUGAUGCCUGCUCCGACUAUGAUGUAGUGGGUCUUGCCCUGGUGCUUGCCGGAGGGGAAGGUCGAGUAUGUGAUGAAUUCGGGCUCCUCAGGCACGUUGUUGGUUGUCGUUGGCAUUGUUUUCGAGGCCAUGGCUGGUGCUGCUGUCUGGUCUUCUGCGCGUGUGUGCUGCGCUGAGCUUCUGGGCCGCAGGGAGUGUCACGAAACAGAGGGGCGGUCUGCUUUCGACACGGAUGAAUGUAUGGACGGGUGCUGUGUGUUUGUGUGUGUGUGUGCGUUGGCGCAGAGACAAAACGGAGGGUGGGCUGUUUGUCGGUGCCAAUAGCGCUGUUGCCAAUGCUGUUGCUGCUGCUGCUGCUGCUGCUGCUGCUGGUUGCCGGUGUCGGGUGUUGGCAGACAAGCAAGAUGUGUCUUCCAGAGACGGUUGCGACGUAGGGUUGACUGGUAUGAAGCGGUGGGCCCUUGCUGCUGCUUUGUGCUGCUCUGCUGACCCCCACACGCCUGUCCACCCGCUGAGCAGACCGCCCCCGUUUCCCAGCAGUCUGUCUUUCACUGGCCCUCCUCCCUCUCUCUGUCUCCAGAGCGCUCGCCUCUUGCUCUUUCUGUCGGGCCCUCCUCACCGGGCACGCUGUGGAUCUGGCGACUUUUCUCGCAGCCGCCCCUCGGCGGCGCCGGCUGCCGGCGCCGUCCUACGGCCUGCGGCCUACAUCUGGCGACGGCCCCGGGCCGUCUGCUGUUGCACCUGCGCCUGCACCUGCCACCACUACGACCGCUACUGCUGCUGUGCCUGUGCCUGUUUUCUCGUCGGGCUGCCCACACCCCUGUUCCGCAAGCCUGCUCCCCGGACCUCCCCGCACCGCCGCUCUGCGCCGCUGCGGCUGCCCGGCGCCUGCGCCGACUGCACAUCGCUCCGCCUCGCAGACCUGCUCCUGCUUCUUGUUCCGGCGUCCCUCUUCUGCUGUGCUGCUCCUCUUCAGGCCCGUCCCCACCCCGGGGCUGCUCUGCUCUGCUCCUCGAGGCCAUUGUUCCGCUGCGCAGCGCAAAAGUGGAGCCAUAAACGUAAAAUGCCGGAAAUGCGAAAAGCAAAAAGCAAAAAAGGAAAAACAGGCAGAUUAUGUAAGCCGCUACAGAUUACGUAAUGUCUUACGUAAGUUUGCGGUCACGUGCGAGGUGGCGAUCCCUCGUUUGCCGUCCAGACAGAAAUGGAGCUUCUGUCGGAUUCAUGUGGUCA